AGCCUUUCCCGUCUGGUCUUGUGCAUUGCGUAGUCCUCGUCCCCUUUGUUCUGCCAUCAUCCUUUGUCAACAUUCAAGAGACCAACGGGCUCCCCUUGUCCUUCGUUUCCUUGUAUCCUUUCAUCGACUACCUCACCGGUCGUCAAGGGGGUGAAUACAAAGACAUCCGCCAACCCUCGACAGGAAAAACCAUUUCAUGUAUCCAUAUUGAUACGCUGUGCGUAACCCACCUUUCCCCGCGCUCAUAUUGGCCUGGGUAUUUCAUCUAUCAUCUCUUGCGUUCCCUCCUAUUCUCCUUUGGGGAAAUUUCAUCAGCCAUCCCACGUGUGGCCAUAUUACACCCGAGGCGGCCGGGCCCACGAUUGAGUCCCCAUUUUGGGAAAUCUGGCGAGCGAAGACAACAUCCGUGUAUCCGUAGUGAGUCGCUCUAAGAGAGUAACAGACCACUAAAGUUUCUUUGCAAACGUAGAGACGCGACAAAGAUACGACAUUGACGCCAGCUAGAGUUAAGAGAAAAUCCUGGUAACGGUUUUCUAGCGGAGGCCUUUCUGAAGCUCGCCGAAAUGGGUGAGGACGUUGACGCUGUUGGUGAUCCCGGCAUCGGCGAUGGCCAUCGACGCAGGGGCGAAGGUGCCGGUGCCGGUGUCACAAGAAACCGGACGGACCACAAAGAACGGAGGAGGCCAUCUCGAACAGACAAUACCCAAGAUGCCGACGACGGCGACGAAGACGACUCAGAUGCCGGGUCUGAUUUCAGCUCCGUCUCUGUUGACGAGCUCCCGCCCAUCCGCGCUUAUGGUCACACAUACCACGGUUCCGGUGUACUACUAAUGCCCAAUGACGAAUCCGAGCGAGCUCGUCUAGAAAUUCAGCACCAACUAUUCAAGCUAUGUCUAGAAGGUGGUCUGACGGCGGCGAAGCUUCCCAAGGACAGACCUCUCAACAUUCUCGACAUUGGUUCUGGGACCGGCAAUUGGGCCGUUGAGAUGGGCGAGCAGUACCCUCUGGCCAAGAUCAUGGGAAUCGACAUCUCCGCCGCACUCUUACCCACGACUGUGCCGGCCAACGUCGCCUUUGAAGUAGAAGAUGCAAACCGUGACUGGGCUCGUGAGAAGGACAGCUUGGACUUUGUGCACAUGAGGAACCUCGUUGGCGGGGGCGUCUCGGACUGGAAGGCGCUUUUCCGGCAAGCGUACGAACAUCUCAAGCCCGGUGGACAGAUUGAGUUCGCCGAAGUAAGGACGAGGUACUUCGACCUCAUUGACAGCAGCGGAGACGAGCCCGUCGCGUCCACGGCUGAGGAGGAGAAUCACGGCGGGAUGACGGCAUGUCGCGAGUUCGAGGUGCGGUUCUCGGAAAUGGCCAAGAUUGCUGGCGUGGACUUUGACCCGACACCAAAGAUUCCCGCCAUGUUUUCUGAGGUUGGUUUUGAGAAGGUGGCGCGUUGGUCGGAUCUGGUUCCCAUACAGGCUGUGGGACAUGAUGAAAAGAUGGUCAGAAAAGGAGCACAAUUUGCUCAGAUGCUGGAAUACGGCUUGGAGAAUUACUCGUUGGCAGUCUUUGGCAGGGGGGGUUGGGAUGAGAAUGAUACCCGGAGUCUCCUGAAGAGAGUCCACAAGGAGUCGCGCGAUACCGCAAACGAGGCGUAUGGCAAAGUAUCAUUUGUCACAGCGAGGAAGCCUUUGUGAUCGGACUUGACCUAAUCGAUUCUAUCUACUCUGUAUAGAAGAAUGGGCAGGAUUAUACCCAUAGAGAAUACUUACCUACUAUAAUGAACUCACGUCACUUGGAUUUAUAUCCAUUGACUUACCCCCA